GCCAUCAUAUUUGCUUCAUUUACAUAUUAUUGUAACGCUGUAUUAACACGACUGAGCAUUCAGUGAAUCAAAAACAACACGGUGUGACAAAGGAUGCCGGUAAUUAAUUAAAGAUGGCGCAGUGGCGAGGUCCUGGAGUGAUUCUCGGCUGGGGACUGGUACUUCAUCUUGCGCUAUGGAGUGGUCUAUUCGUCUCCGCCAUCACCCAACAACAGGGGAAGAAAGUUUACAGAGUAACGGUUAAAGAGGAGAUGCCGUAUAUUUUCCAGACGCCAGGUUCAUCGGAGGGACCAAACAGCUUCGAGGGGUUAUUAAUAGAUGUGCUUGACAGGGUGUCAAAAAUACUUGACGUCACGUUCUCGCUUAAUCACGUUGGUGAUGGCGCGUUCGGUGAAAGGAGAGAUGACGGGACUUGGACGGGCAUGAUUGGCGAGCUCCAAAGAAAUGAAUCAGACAUAGCGGCCGGACCUUUAACCGUCACGGCUGACCGGGCACGUAUAGUGGACUUCUCACGGUCUUUCUCCAGCACAGGUCUCAGAAUAUUGGUCAAGCGGCCAGAGAACACGCUGACCUCCACUGACCACGUGGAUUUGUUUGUGCAACCUUUCAGUGUUGGUGUCUGGGUUCUGGUCCUCGCCACAGCGGCAGUGUUACAAAUACUCCAGUCUCUUAAUCAAAGGUUUAAUCCGAAGGAGAAACCGCUAACUAACGAGAAGAAUUAUGAAUAUGAAUACUGUCCAGCAAUAGACGAGAAAAGGAUGCAUACAUCAAAAGCCGGAUGGAUUCUGUCGGCUUCUUCCAAAGUAUUUGUUGUAUCGUCAGUGACGUUUUACACUGCACAGCUUACGAGCAUCUUAGUACAUUCUGUCGACGGGGAGAAACAGUAUCUACCAUUCGUCACGUUCGAAGGACUUCUGAAUCAUCCGGAUAUAAACUACAGUUGUCUUGAUAAAAGUUUCGCUUGUAAAUAUUUUGAGACUUCAGUACAAUCUUUGGAAAAAUCAAUAGAAUUUCAUCUCAAAUCAGGUAGAAAUACGAGAUACAAUAAUAUAGAUACUGCAACACGUCAUCUGCGUAGAAGUACAACAAAACCACAGGCGUUAAUAAUAGAAUCAGAUUUUGCGUACUACGUCACAAGUCAGGAGCCAUGUGACCUCAUCGUUGUCGGUGAGGAGCUUGGAGAUAUUUCUCAUUCGUUCGCUUGUAGACCCGGUCUAAACAUAUGCCAUGACCUUGAUGUGGCGAUACUGACCUUGAAAUCCACGGGAGAGUUAGGGAGGCUUCGAAAUAAAUGGCUAAGUGGCCCGUGUGGAAAAUAUUCAGAGAUGACAUCUCCCUAUGCCCAUGCAAAUAAAUAUACAACUGACAGACAAUUCACUAAAGACAGCGAAAGAACAGUUAAGAGCUUUGCAAUACCUUUGGCCGUUGUGUAUAGUGGCGUGGUAGUCGGCAUAUGUAUGAUGCUCUGGGAAAUUUACCGUCCGAAGUCAAAAACGGUAAAAAUGUUUCGGAUUGAAUAUCACGACAGAAGCGAUGGCAUUGAAAUCGAAUCAGGAAGUGACGUCAUUAAAUGAACCGGAAGUUGCUGCAGUUUGAACAUCUCCUCGAGACAAAACGGUCAUUCAAUGAAAUCAGAUUGUUCAAUGGAACAGAUGGGUCAUCAGUCAGUGUCCUGAUCAUAAGAUUUAUCCUGCCGGAGUUAACGAGCGGAUAUGUGAUUCCCGCGGUUAUCAGUGAGCGACAUCUGGCGUUCGAUAUCAAUAACGAACGCAGAAAAAAAACUAUGACACGUUUGAGUAUCUAACGUCAAAAUUGAACUUAAUAUUCAGAAGAAGAAAAAGAUACAGCAUCGUUUGCAUUCAUACAAUAUUGUGUUUCAAACAAUGAUCUUAUUGAAUAUUUUACACGUGAAUUGUGGCACAAGUUGUUAUAUAUUGUAUGUGCAGAAGAGAAAUUAGGGACUGACAAGUGCAAUUGGGGCUAGUGUUGCCUUUGUAUCAGCUUAAACUUCAUACUUCUUGGUUAGCAUUAACCCACCCUAUUGCCAUAGAUCACGAAGGGAAAGGAGAAAAAGCAUACUUGCUGUGACAGGUAUAUGGAAUGGAACCGCAAAGUGAAGAAGAUGAGAGUCAAAGGGGAACAACUCGAUCUAGCAGAAGCGAUGUGGUUCCGAGAUCGCAAACUAUUGGACAGAAAUAAAUAAUGAUACUUUUCCUCAUUAGGAAAGCUUCAUUUACCAACAGAACCAUACGAGGAUAUAUCGGAUGGUAUUUAGUUCAAAGGUGUAUUUCUAAUUUUUAUACAGGAAUAUCUUCAAGAUUAACUUAAUAAAGGUCAGCAAUACUGUUUUCCUCAUAAGUAUCUAAUUCUUGUCGGGAGGACGUUCAUUUAUAUUAUAACUGAAUAUCCGAACCAAAAGCUCCAUGGGGUCUUGAUAUUGUCAGAAGCAAAAUGGGUUAAAAACUAUGAAUAUUAUUUGUACUGCCCAUUUCAAAGUUCAUAGUAGUCAAAGAUGUUGAAAAUUUUUAACGACUUUUGAAUUAUUAGGAUGUGAACGAUAAUUAUUUGUGCCUGUAUCAGGCUGGAGUGAAUGGUCUAUCCAGUUUUUCUGUUCAAUAACGUUGAUUUUUGUUUUCAUUUGUAGUUCACGGGGUUCAAAUGUGUUAAACCUUUAAACGACUUCUUCUGAAUUACCAAAAGGCAUUGGGUCAUGCUAUUCUGCAGGUUGUGCUUAAGGGAUAUCAAGCUUGUUUAAAUAUUUACAUUGAUUCACUUUGAAGUUGCACGAAAAAAAAAUCAGUUUAAAUAUUUCAACAAAGAUGAAUAAGGUGAAGAGUAUUUAUCGUUAGUCUAUAUAAUGCCAGAUUGCUUGCUAUCAAGAUUGUGUUGAAAUAUAUUCGACGUUUGCCACUUUAUAGGUCACAGAUGUAAAAGAUUGGAUUGUCACUGAACAACGUUCCAAAGUAAAAAAGAUAAGAAGAAAUAUUUAUUUGGUUUUGUUCAUGGUAAGCGUCCUCAGAGAAGCUAAGGUUAAUUUUAAGACGACGAAGAAGACAUAUAAAACGUACAUACAGUAAGUAGAAUUAUAGUAUUACUUGCAUUCUUAACGUUUUAAUAAGAUCUAUUUUCUCUGUUAUUUCCUGUUGUGUAUACUGUUGAUGACCUUGACGAUGAACUAAUUUGAGCCAGUUCCAGGAAUUUACUGUCUAUUAUGUUGAGCGUUGGUUCCAAUUGAACCUCGUUUACCAAUUUUUGCCACAAUUUUGCAAAUGAAUAUAAAUGAAAUGUAUAUUGCAGUGUAUUUUUAUUUCAUCUUGUGAUUGCUUGUUAUUGAUUUGACUACAUGUACAUUCGUUCGUCAUAUUUUGCGUAUGAACUCAAGUUAUAUGUCCUAUUGUGACGUCAUCAAGAAUUAAAUGACGUCAUAAACAAUAGCUUUUAAGCCUGAGUUGCUAUAGUUUGUGCUUCUAUAAUGGUCUGGAAAUAUUGAAUUGGCCAAAUAAAUCAAUAAACAUCCAGAUUAAUGAUA